AUGAAUUAUAAUCAAUUUAAUUCAUAUGAAGCUGCUUUUAUUCAAGCAGAUAGAAAUCGAGAUGGAGUAUUAGAUCGAAAUGAAUUUCGAAAUUUUCUUGAAUUUCAAAAUGCUGAUCGUAAUUAUGAUGGACGUGUUAGUUAUGCUGAAUUUGCAAAUAUAGCUGCACCAAAUCUUAAUAUUCAUCCAAGAGAUACAAAACGAGCUUUUCAAGUAGCUGAUCAAAAUCGUGAUGGUUUUUUAGAUCGAAAAGAAUUAGCCGAUUUUUCUGAUUUUCAACAUGCUGAUUUAAAUCAUGAUGGACGUGUUGAUCCAAUUGAAAUGCGUUUGUUUCUUGAAAAAAAUCAAAUGCCAAACCAUUCACCUUAUCAACAUGGACAACAACACUAUCGUCCUCCUAUUCAACAUCAACAACAACAACAACCCUAUCGUCCUCCUAUUCAACAUCAACAUCAACGAUCGCUGUAUUCACCACGUCGUUAUUAA